UCUGCUGCGGGACCAGGACAGACAGCUGAAGAGAGGGGGCGGGGGUGGAUCUGAACGUCCGACCGGGACAAACCGUGGACCACCGCGAACUCGCGCGCGCGACUUACAGGUUUUCACUGUGUUCUGCUGCCUAUAGGACUUGACUACACCAACUGGCACAGUUCAACAGGUUGGCCGUGCUAGACAAGACAUAGUUGGAGAACAGAAAACAUAGUUGCUACUACUGGUAGUUUGCCAGUGGUUUGCUUUUGGAUACUUGUGGCGGCUGGACGGAAAGAAGAGUGAAGAAGGACCUGGCUAUGGUCACAACUAUGGACGAUCCCUGUCGGAAUGGGGUGCAGGAGGAGGUAAUGCCCUCUGGACAACCUGCCACGGACAGGCCCCCAGCUGUGCAGUCCCCUCAGGGAGCAGAGACAUCUGGAGCAAUGCAGCAGGUGGAGGAUACUGUUGGCGAGGGGCCCACUUCCACAGGCGUGAAAGACAUCGACCUGCUUUUUCUGCGCGGCAUCAUGGAAAGUCCAAUUGUACGCUCCCAUCCUCAGGCUCAGGAGCAGCAGGAAGAUGUCAAGCUAGAAGCGGUGCAGGACAACAACGUGGAGCUGGUGACAGAGAUCUUGGGCGACAUCAGCAACCUCAAGGUGAAAGAUGACAGCGCGACCGAACUGUCGAGGAUCCUGCUGGAGCCGCACUUCCAGUCCCUUUUGGAGGCACAUGACAUGGUGGCAUCAAAAUGCUAUGAAGUACCUCCACCGACUGAAAUGGCUAACGACGCAGCGGUCAACAGCGCGCUCAUGCAGGCCGACGCCGUCCGCAUGAUCGGCAUUCGAAAGAAGGCCGGCGAGCCGCUGGGCGUGACCUUUCGUGUAGAAAAAGAUGACCUGGUCAUUGCCAGGAUCCUCCAUGGCGGCAUGAUAGACAGGCAAGGCCUGCUCCACGUGGGUGACAUCAUUAAAGAGGUGAAUGGCAAGGAUGUCGGCAACAACCCCACAGAGCUGCAGGAGAUGCUGAAAAACUGCAGCGGAGGCAUCACGCUGAAGAUCCUCCCCAGUUACAGGGACGCUCCUGCACCUCCACAGGUGUAUGUGCGGCCGUACUUUGACUAUGAUCCAGCCAGUGACAACCUGAUUCCCUGUCGAGAGGCGGGAAUGGCUUUCAAGAGAGGCGACAUCCUUCAGAUCGUCAACAGAGAGGAUCCCAACUGGUGGCAGGCAUGCCAUGUAGUGGGUGGUGCCACAGGACUAAUACCCAGUCAGUUCUUGGAGGAGAAGAGAAAAGCAUUUGUCCCUAGAGACUUUGAUGGAUCAGGAAUUCUCUGUGGCACCUUAGCAGGGAAAAAAAAGAAGAAGAUGAUGUACUUAACAGCCAAGAAUGCAGAGUUUGACAGGCACGAGUUGCAGAUCUAUGAGGAAGUAGCCAAAGUCCCUCCGUUCCAGAGGAAGACACUAGUCCUGAUUGGUGCUCAGGGGGUGGGCCGCCGCAGCCUGAAGAACAGACUGAUGGUCCUCCAGCCCACACGCUUUGGCACCACUAUACCAUAUACGUCACGGAGGCCCCGUGACGAGGAGCUAAACGGCAACACCUACCACUUUACCUCGCGGACAGACAUGGAGGCGGACGUGAAGGCCGGUCGCUUCCUGGAACACGGCGAGUACGACGGCAACAUGUAUGGCACAAAAAUCGACUCCAUACACGAGGUGGUCGCCGCGGGACGCACCUGCAUCCUGGACGUUAACCCCCAGGCUUUGAAGGUACUGAAGACAGCAGAGUUCAUGCCCUUUGUGGUUUUCAUUGCGGCGCCUGAUUUUGAUACACUCAAGGCCAUGCACAAAGCUGUGGUGGAUGCAGGCCUCACAGCAAAACAGCUCACAGACGUGGACCUGAGGAAGACUGUGGAUGAGAGCGCCCGUAUCCAGAGGGCUUACAGCCACUACUUCGACCUGACCAUCGUCAACGACAACCUGGACAAAGCCUUCGAGACGUUACAGGCCGCCGUGGACAAACUGUGCUCCGAGCCUCAGUGGGUCCCAGUGAACUGGGUGUAUUAAGGACUCGAACCAGCGCUUCCACAAACCAUAGAGUUUUCUGACAAUGAAGAGGAUAUGAGGGAGGAGAUCCUACUGAAUGAUAAUAUCCGAUUGGUCCUUCUCCCCCUUCAUCUGCACAUUGUGCAACUCCUUUUCUACUCCAAACUCAAAGGGAAAGAGUGCUUAUGUAUUUUAUAAAUUUUUUUAUGAAAAAUCUUUAUAUCCCACGUGGAAUCAAUUCAAACAUAUGUGCUUGGGCCAGUUGUUUUUAUUUUUCCAUUUAAUUUAUUGUUGUAGUUUUUAGUAUUGUGAAUGGUUUUGUAUUGCCAGUCCUUCUUCCAUGAUGCGAAGGAUUCGUCGGCACCAAAGCUCCAGAAUGAAGUGGAUCUUUGAGCAGUCGUUGCCGUGUCUGAACAACCACUGCAGCCAUUUUGUCUCCACCUGAGUCUUUUGUUAUUCUUAAGUAGCCCUCAUCUCAUCAGCUCAUGUCCUCCAGCUGGAUCAAGGAGUCGAAGCUCCUCCUGCUGCCAAAAGGAAAUGAGUUCCUUUUUCAAAGGGCAAACACUUAGUUUUGUCUAGAUUUGUCAUUUUAUUUUCUAUCAUUGUGGUGAUUAAUAGUGUUUAGUUUAAUCAGAUGUGAUCCUCAGCUUUAUUUGUGCGUCACUUUGUCAUCGCCCAGUCCUCAAGCCAACCUGUUUGUUGUAUUUUUUUUGUAAAUGCGACUCACUCUGUCCUUAUGUUCAGUGUCAUUAAAUGUCAAAGCUCCUUACCAAACCCCCAAUCUGAGUGAAACUGAUGCAACGUCCAACAAGCACCCAAGCAAAGCCAAAGCAGCAAAGCUGUAGCAUCAUUCUUCCACACCUUUCAUUUUUAAAUAUCAAAAAACAUAAACCUUUUUUGUUGUUUUGUUUUUUUUUUUAAGAUAUUUGCUUGCACUUUAGGUAAGAAAGAUAAAUUACCUCAUGUUGAUGUUUCUUACAGUAAAUGUAAUUUUUCACAAUCUUAAGUUUUAUUUGCAUCAGCCCAACUGCGUGAUUGACAUGUCCCCACAUCAACCCACUGUGUUUGUUUUUACAUUUUUAUUAGGAAAGUUCUAACUAAUAAAGUUUAUCAAGUCGUGUCCUACGGCUGCUACUGUGGUUUUGGCCGUCUGUUGACCAGAAUGUUUUAAUAUACCCGAGUAUCAAGUGAUGUGUACUCAACAGGAUUUCAACUAGUGAAGUGGAACAGCACUGAAAAUGCACAAAUGGGAAAAAAAAUAAUAAUAAAUCACAGCAGAAUAAAGUAUUUUUAAGGUUUUUAUUUUACGCAACUUACAGUCAAGCCAAAGUGUGAACUAUAUUAAGUGAUACGUAUUCACAUUAUGUCCUAACAGGGUUUACAGCAUAUUUUGUGUUCUGUAACCAUAACUGUUACCCGAAAAAUAAAAUAAAAGUAAAUGCGAAACAGAAAACCAAGACAGCUUAUAUCUUUACAACAACACAAACAAAAGGAGCUUAGCAGUCGAUGUGAACAAAUUAAAUUCAGCAACAUGAAGAACCCUCACCAGAACAGGAAGGACAGCAAAACUGGAGUUUUUGGCAUGUCGGUGGUUUUAAAGAAAAAAAAAAAAAAAAAAAAACAGGGAGAGAAGUGAAGGGAGGUCUGAAGUCACGUGACUUUGCAGAGCGGCCUCUGCCGAAGGACUUUGGCUGCAAUGGAAACGCUGAAGAUAGAAAAUUAAAAGCAGGGACAAAAAAAGAAAGAAAGAAAAUUGAGUGUCCUGAAAUUAGUUGGCCGAUUUUAUUAUUACUAGUUUGUUAUUCGUCUCCGUUAAACAAAAGGACCAUCGUUGAAGUCAACUACAUCUCCAGAACAGGCUCUACAUUCAUAGGAGGUAGAUAACGCGGUGAUGACGUGGAGUCCGGGAUAUUGUAGU